AUCCAACCAAUAGACACCGUAAGGCCAUGUACUGUAACCUGUCAGGCUGUCAGCAGCAAAAGUGAAACCUGUUUGAUUUCUUAAGUGUUUAUUUCCAUGAAAUUUUCAUGUCCACAGAAAUUUUUAAAUAUCGUUUGUCCCAUUUUGCAUUGUCCGUGGUAGAAGAAGAUCGGAAAUAUUACUACCAACAAUUAGAACAUCUAAAGUGUCACGAUCCUUUGGCAAUACCACUUCCACUUUUCAAGUGUGGAAAAAUUUUAAAAACAAUUAUCCCUUCCAUUGAAAAAUAUCACCUAGUUCAGUAUUUGGUUUUUGAGAAAAACAAAGAUGAAGAGGGACGACGUGAAGCUUACAAAAACUUAGACUCUGAACAAUACUUGUCAAACACUUUCACUGACAAGUUAUUGGCACUUACUCUUUCUAAUUUGGUUGUGUUGAUUCGUACUCAUGUUACCCAUUCUCAGUCUUUAAACUUGCCAAAAGCAAGACCUUGGGCUGCUUUACAAAAUGAUGGCAAAGUGAUUGUUGCUUUUUGUGAUUGUAUUGCAGGGUUAGGUGGUGUAUGCAUACAUGUAAGUGCACUUCUUCAGUUGGCAGUUAAGUUAUGUUAAGUUAUGUUUCAGCUUUCAAUGAGUUCUUUCUCAAUUGAAUUACUGUUAAUGUUGCAUUCUGGCACUUUGAAAAAACUUCGGCGAUCUCUUUUUUUUCGAUAAGUUGAACAUAUCAAACAAAAAGCUUUUGUCAUUUUAAACACUUAAGAAAUCAAACAGGUUUCACUUUUGCUGCUGACAGCCUGACAGGUUACAGUACAUGGCCUUACGGUGUCUAUUGGCUGGAUCAAGCAAAGUCUGCAGCAAGUUUCGGCUAUCCCCCGCCAUGGUGCGCACUAGUCGACUAGCCGCACCGACUUUUCCCUCUACUUACACGAACCAAAU